GCAGCAGCUGGAAGGGCAAGUUUGUCAGCGGGGCGGCUCCACCUCUUCUCCUCGGGUGCUGGGGGGCGUAAUUAGUGGCUAACUUGUGCGAGGAAGAGGAGGAGUCUCCUGUCUGCCUCCCGGGGGAAGGGAAGAAUCAGUGCGUGCCCGACUUGUUUGUGUAUGAGGGAGGGAGUCAAAGAGCGACUCGCCUCGCCCCGACCCCUGGCUUGGAUUGUGGUGUGUGGAGGCCUCCGCCCAAGCGAGGCUGAGGGGAGCCGCCCUGCCUCCCCGCCCGACUGGCUGGCUGAGUGACUCGCGCGCCCCUCCCUGACCCUCCCCUCUCUCCUUCCCUCCCGCCCUCUUAGUUACCCCGUCGGCCAAGGGAGCCUGGCAGAGCGAGCGGCGCCGGCGUCAUGUGACAGCGCUGCCUAGUGCCAAGAGCCUGCCUGAAGGGGGGGAAAGAGAAGACGGCGAGAAAGAAGCGCUCCCGACUGACGCACGGACGAACUGAGGUGGUGCUUCUGUGGAAAGGGCAGAGACGUACAGGCUCCGGUAGCAACCGCCACUCCAGAGACAGCCAUCCCCGCACACGCACCCCGUCGCCGCGCUUCCACCUCUUCCUGCCUUCUCGGGGACGCAAAGGAGGGGAGAGAAAAGCUCCUCGGUUUUCCCUAAGAAAAAUCAAGCAACCUUUUCCCACCACCACCAAAACAACAGCAAGCAAACAAACAGCGCCACAAAGUUUUCAGCGGCAACUUCUGCGUCCUGUCGCGGGCUGGUAGUGUCGCACUGACUGCCUCGCUUGACAAGUAAAAAAGUACAGAUUUCAAGAACAUAUUUGUGUAUGAAAGAGAAGCUAAUAUUUUGAGACCUGGACGACAACAUCAGUAGUGCUGACUAGGAAGAUGCUAAUGUUUGACCCUAUCCCUAUCAAACAAGAAGCAAUGGAACCAGUUCCAGUGAAUUUCUGCCAGACCUACAGAGAGAGCGUAGGAAAGAAGGAGCACAUUGGCAUGAUUUAAGGAAACAAGCUUACUCUAAGAUGUUCUAGGUCAUUCAACUCUAGUUACAUGGACCAAAUGAAGCCCAACAAAUACAGUGUCAUUUAUUCAACCCCAAAUAUGAUGCCCAGUAAAUUCUACCAAGUUCCAGAAGGGUUGUGUAAUGGAGUCCAAAUGGAGCCUGUUGACCUCACGGUGAAGCGGAGCUCUCCACCUUCAGCUGGAAGUUCUCCUUCUCCUCUGAAAUUCCAGACUAGGAGAGCCUCGCCUGGAUUAAAUCUGCCUUCACACAGCCCACCAAUGAAGAAGUUGACUCCACCUGGAAUGCAGCCUUUCACCAUGCCAUUAACUAUUCCUCCGGUAAUGGCAGCUCUUUCACGCCACGGACUUCGAAGCCCUGGGAUACUUCCAGUUAUACAGCCAGUUGUAGUACAGCCUGUUCCUUUUAUGUAUGCCCCUCACCUUCAGCAGCCUAUAAUGGUGUCCACAGUCCUUUCAGAAGAGUUGGAAAAUCCAAGUAGCAUGCCAGUGUCUGUUAUUGAAUCUUACGAGAAGCAAGCACUAAAGAAAUCGAUUAAGGUAGAACCAGGCAUGGAGUCUCCUGGGAAUGACUACUAUCCAGAACAAAUGUCCCCUCCAUUGAUGACUUCAUUGUCGCCUCCUCAAGCGAUGCUUCAAGAGAAUCACCCUUCAGUUAUAGUUCAGCCUGGAAAGAGGCCUUUACCCGUGGAAUCUCCUGACACACAAAGGAAGCGAAGGAUACACCGGUGUGAUUACGAAGGCUGCAACAAGGUUUACACUAAAAGCUCACAUCUAAAAGCUCACAGAAGAACACAUACAGGUGAAAAGCCUUACAAAUGUACUUGGGAAGGUUGCACAUGGAAGUUUGCUCGAUCUGAUGAACUGACACGGCAUUUCCGGAAGCACACUGGAGUCAAACCAUUCCAGUGCCCAGACUGCGAUCGUAGCUUUUCACGCUCUGACCAUCUUGCCCUUCAUAGGAAACGCCACAUGCUAGUCUGAAUCUCUCUUCAUUCAGCUCUCUUCAUAUUUCCUUUCAUUUUUAACCUGUGCAUUUUAAGUUAGAUUCAGCUGGCCUGAAUCUCUGGAUUUAUAGCCUUGAAACCUUCCCUGUGGUCAGUAAGAGAUGUUUGCUUGACCCUUCUUUGCUCUUGCCACGGGUCAGACCUAAAGAAUGUGAACACUUUUUUUUCCUGGGGAUGCUAAGCAAACCCUGCUUGCCAGCAAAUAAAUUUUUGUGAGACUAAGAGAUCUUGUAAUCAAGCUGGUUAGUUUUGCCAUUUAAUUAGCCAGCAUGUGUUGAUCAUAGUCACUGUUGUUGGAAAUCCAGCCUGCUAGUCCUUGCCAGAGACUCUGUACCCUGUAAAGGAUGCACGUCUCCUUUUUAUGCUCAGCAAUGCAAUGAAUGGAUCCUUUCCAACAUGGUUGGUUCUAGAAGCAUGUUCCACAAGACACUUUUUGGAUGUGUAAAAAAAAUCCUCAACCUGGGAGUGAAUGAAAAAUUCUUUGCUGAUGAGUGGCUGUUUAUGAGAAGAAAUGUUGUCAAUGCAUAAUGUUGUACAUCCUGACCGACAUUGCCUCUCUUUUUGUCUGUCGUUGUGUAGAAUGCUAGCUUGUGUUUGCCCAGAUAUAGUGCCUCAGUAGAUUUAUUAAGCAAACACUUUCAUGUGAUGUAGUUAUCUGUGUUUUGUGUCCAACUGUAUGAAUGGAACACACAUGGUACUCCUAUGAUGUGGCAUUCAAUGAUACAUGUAAUAAUCUACCUCACUGAGGAGGUGUGGUAGGUAUAUUCUUUUCUCGUCACUCCUCUGCAUUUCCUGUUGUCUAGAAGGCCCCUGUCCUUUGUCUGGCACAAUUUAGAAACAGCAACCAUUUCAGCAAAAUGAACCGGGACUGCUCACUGUUAAAAAUGAAUUUCAUCGACAACACUACCGUAUUAAGAUAAUUGAGGAAGACAACAUCUUAAUUGAAGCACUUUUGUAGAGCUCAAAAUUUGUCAAAGAAUAUCACAAAUAGAGAAGGUACACUUUGAUCUCCCUCUCAUUGCCAAGUUCAACAGGAGAACUUCAUGAAGUCCCUCAAGUAUUUUGUAAUAAAAGCUACGGUCAUACUUGGAGUGAUACAAUACUCAAAGAAAGGCAAUACUUUCAAAAUCCAGCAUGGUUGAUGGAUAUGAUAUGGAUUCAAUAUCCUCUAAAUGGAAUGAUUUGAAGGAAAGAUGAUUUACUCUGUUCACCAGUGUGCUUUACUUUGCAGUCUGUGGGCUUUUGUUAGAAUCAUGGGACUUCCAACUUUUGUAUUUUUUAAAACAGAAGUGUAAAGAAAAGGGAGGCCAGCAACAAUAGUGGGAAUGAACAUCAGAGGAAAGGAACUUGGAAUGUGCUAGGAAACACUAUAUCAAAAUCAACUGAUGUAAUCAAAUGCAUUUUGGGUAAACCACCCUUCAGGGGUAACUUGGCUUAUUCAAGACUGUCAAAGUUGUAGUGCACUUAAAUUGUUCCAUAAACUCUGUUGGGCUUCAGUAGUUCAUUUCUAUAAACUAUUUUCUAGCA